GGAAUCCACGUAGGAAAUCGCCGCAAGGCUUCGUUCCCACUUCGUCCUACCUUCCCACGCGCUGCGUAUAUAGCGGCACCAACGCCACGAACCCCAUACGAGCAGCAAUGGAGAGGACCGCGACCACCGUAGAGAUCACCAUCAUCUCGGCCGAGGAGCUUCGCCGCGGCCGCCGUCCGCUAGACAAGGGCGCCUUCGUGGCCGUCCGUUCCGGCUCCGACACGCACGGCCAAGUCGCCACCGGCGUCGACCGGGACGGCGGAGGCUACCCCUGUUGGAACGAGAAGCUCACGAUGACGUUGCCGCCGUCGGCACGGUCACUGUCGCUGGGGGUCUACUGCAGGAGCAAGAUGGGCGCUGGGGCCGCGUGCGCGGUGGCCGCGGCGGAGGUUCCGGUGUCGGACUUCCUGUGGCUGGAGGACUACCUGCACUUGCUCAGUUACAAGCUGAGGGACAGCAACGGUGUGGGCAAUGGGAUCAUCAACUUCUCCGUUAGGGUUAUCGGCGGCGAGGGGAAACGUGGUGCGUGCCAUUGGGGGUAGACGGUGGUGUGGCUGUUGGAUAUCCCGUAGGUUAUUACAAGUUAGAUUAUGAUUAUUUUUCUUUGGUUUACAUGCACAUAAUCAAAUUCUAAAAACAAAUAAAUUAUUAUGGUUGAUCUUUGUUUUGCGAAUGAAGUAAUUAAUUCUUUA